AUGGAAUCUACUCACAGAGAACUCCAAGAUUUUCCUGAAGCCAAUGUUCCUCCUCCCGCCGAGCGCAAUGCAGAAAUGCCAAUGCUCUGGGAUGAGGGACAUCGUAGUUUGAUUGACGCCUGUGUAAGGUACAAAUCGCUGCUUGAGCUCUUCCUACAGCUGAAAAUGUUGGCCGAUGUCCUUGAUGACAACCAAACCAUGAAGGACAACGAGUUUCCUGUUUUCUCGACUGUCAACGCCCUGCGCCACUAUGACUGGACCAUGUGUGAAUUAUUGCACAGCAUGUCCGUUGAAGUGGUACAGAGCAUUGUCAAGAAUACCUUUGCCUUUGACGUGACGAAUAGCAACAUCGAGCCGUUUCGCCUGCCCUCAGCGCUGCUCGAUGAAAAGACUCCUGGGGUUUACGUCGUUGGUAUAAGAACGAGGGGUCACGGGGGCCAAUUCUUGAACAUCAACGAAUUGGAGGUCCUGAUUCGUGACAUGAAGCUGUACGUCGAAGGGUACGAAGCCUAUGCCAGACAUAAGGGGUGGGCUUCCGCUAAUAUGACGCCGGCGGAGAGCAAAGCCAUCAGCAUGGUCAAUGCUGUUGAGAGCCACAGUGGAUCACAAAGAGGCCAGAAUUCCGGUCCAAUGUUCAUUGAAAAGGCUGAAGAAGUCCCUAGGAUCAGGGCCCUUAUCAAGACAUUCGAAGCUAUGUGUGAUAGGAGCCUUGAUCCAACGGGGCAAGUUAACAUAUCGCAGAGCCCCUUGUAUGUAGGGUGUUCUAAGGAUCUGAACAAACGUAUGGCGGUAUACGCUAAUCGUAACGUCAGGUACAUCAACAAGCCCCUUGGUCUUACUGUUUGCAUUCUCAGAAAGCACAACAGAGGGCCAGAGCUGGUAGUUGGGUGCGUUCUGAGGAUUCUCAGAAAGGAACAACUGCCCAUGGCAGAGCAGCUGGUCUGCACAAUCGCUGGAUCCCUGAUAUAUCAGCAUGGCUUCAAUGCUGUGGAGACAGGAGGAACAGGAUUCCAAAGCUUGCCAACCGAUGCAGGCCUGAAAGACAAUAUAAAGUACAUCAUAUGUGGUACUCGGGUCUUGGUCAAUAACCUGAAGGAUAGUCUUGGUGAGGUUGAUCUACGUAAGAGAUUCCUCAGCCAUCUAGACCAGGCUUCAGGUGAAAUAGUACGCCUGAAAGAAAUAUUGAAACGUUGUGAAGAUGAAGUACAAACUCUCCCUUCUGGCGUAGAUUUCGAUCAGGUCUUGUCGCGCAUUUCUGCUAUCGUGCAAAGUGUGAGACGCAACCUUAAGGAUAAACAAGAUGCCCUGAAGUUCUGGAAACUAAUGCUAGAAAUUCAGAGGAUCAUCGUGGACGAGACCGGUGUGGGAUUACACCUCAUUGAUCAAACCGACCGGGAUACAUGA